UUGUUCUGCCACCAUCUCCUCGCACAACGAUGAAGACCGCUGCGCUCCUCCUCGCCCUUGUCUCCGCCGUCGUGGCAACGCCCUUGUCGCUCUUUGACAAUGCACAGUCCCCCCUGAGCGACUUCCCCACCAGCUACCCAGGCUUCGACCUCGACCUUUCCGCGCCGCGUCUUGUCCAGUUGGAUGGCCAGGACGAGCCGGUCACGAUGACCGAGCUUGAGAAGAUUCAAGCGAAGGUUCGCGGCAUCAAGUUCUUCGACGUAACCGAGACCCCAGAUCUGGGCUCUCUCGCCCACCUUAGGGCCGUGCAGAAACCAUCCUACCCUGCUCCGAACAACACCCAGGCGGUUCGCUCUAUCAUUGACACCCUUGAGAUCCAGAACCUUCGAGAUGGCCUCGACAAGUUCACCAGCUUCCGUACACGCUAUUACCGCAGCGAGACCGGCAAGGAGAGCCAACGCUGGCUCCUGAGCAAGAUCACUGAGAUCACAGAGAAGUUCGCUUCCGACUCUCUGAAGGACGAGAUUUCCAUCCAGGAAUUCCCGCACUCCUGGGCGCAGAGCAGCGUCAUUGUCCGGAUCAACGGCACAUCGCCGACUGACGACGGUGUGGUCGUAAUCGGUGCCCACCUCGAUAGCACGAAUAGCUGGCCGUUCCUCCCUGCCCCCGGUGCCGACGAUGAUGGUUCGGGUUCCAUGAGCAUUCUGGAGGCGUACCGCGGGUUGGUUGCCGCAGGCUUCCGGCCAGAGCGCGCUGUGGAAUUUCACUGGUAUUCUGCCGAGGAAGGAGGGCUCCUCGGAUCGCAAGCGGUUGCGCGCGCCUACGAAGGGCGUAAUGUGAACGUUGUUGCCAUGAGUCAGUACGACAUGACGGCUUGGGUCAAGCGUGGCACCCGGGAGCAGGUCGGCAUUAUCACCGACUUUGUCGACCCUGACCUGACGGAAUACAACAAGAAGCUGGUCGAACUGUAUCUGGACAUUCCCUGGGUGGAGACGAAGUGCGGAUACGCUUGCAGUGACCAUGCCUCGUGGCGCAAGGGCGGAUACCCCAGUGUCUUCACGAUUGAGGCCACCUUCGAGAAUUCCAACCACGGGAACAUCCACAGCGCGAACGACCGCUACGACAUCUCCGACGAGUUCAGCUUCGAGCACAUGCUGGAGUUCUCCAAGCUCGCCGUCUCGUUCGCUAUAGAGCUCGGAGGCUGGAAGAAGGCCGACUAGAGCACGUCAUUCCUGCGGAGCAGUAUUUAAUUUACGAUCUGACGGCCAUAUACGGACACUUUGGAUAUAUACACAUUACGGAUUGGAUGCAUCUACGCUGGGACCAGGCGUCGCGCCAUGGAUGGUCCAAACGCCGCUGUAGCGCAGCGUUUGUAUAAUUCGUACGUACGAGCCGAUAACUGGUGUCCGUUCUCGCUCGACACGGGUCUUCCGAGGACCAUUCCGCGCGCGCCGGCA